GGCGGCCAAUGGACGCAUUCGGAACAUCGGCGGCUGCCCGGGUGACUCGGUUAUAUGUCACAGAAUAACAUUCGAGAAUGGGACUUGGAAUGAGGGGCCGGCCGCCGCAGCCGCAGCCGCAGCAGCCCCAGCCUCAGCCCCAGCCCCAGCCCCAGGCCCAGCAGCAGCCGCAUCCUCUGCCCCUGCCACCCCCGCCGCCUGGAGUGGCGCCGCAGCCAUGAGGCCGAGCGUCCGGAGGUGAGAGGUGCUGCAGCUGCAACGGCGCCCUUCCCGCGUCCCGCUUGCAGCAGCCGGCCCCCCGGGGAACUCGUGGAACGGGGGCGGCGGACCUAUUCCCCCCUGGAGCCUGGGGGCUCCGGGAGGGCUUCCUGGAGGAAACGCGGCUGCCUUUGCAAGCCCGAGCGGCUGCUGCGCCCUCGCGCCGACCCCGGGCGCUCACGUGCGGGCGCGCGCCUGGCCGGCUCCGCGCUCGGCCACAUCUGGGGACGCAGCGGCGCGUGGAGCCGGGCCGGGCCCCCCUGCUCCCGGACGCUGCACGAGCUGCCCCGGUCCACCCCGCACCCCCCACGCCUCUUUCUCUCCCUCCCGGCGUUUAGGUGUGCGUGAAGCUCUGUGCCAACAUCCCAGUCGCCUUUUGAGGCUCGGCCCGUGAGCGGAGCGCCCGCCGCCGCCGCUCCCCCCGGGCGCGUCCGGAGGCGGCGCGGGGCAUGGAGGCGGCGGCCCCCGCGGGGCGCUGAUCCCCGCGCGCGCCCGCCCGCCCGCGCGCACACGCCCCCGCCGCCGCCGCCGCCGACGUCGCGCGACCCCCGCCCCGCCCUCCCGGCCCCGGCCCGGCCCGGCCCGGCCCCACCAUGACCGGCUCCGCGGCCGACACCCGCCGCUGCCCGCACCCCAAAGGCGCCAAAGGCACCCGCUCCCGGAGCAGCCACGCUCGGCCCGUGAGCCUCGCCACCAGCGGGGGCUCCGAGGAGGAAGACAAAGACGGCGGGGUGCUCUUCCACGUGAACAAGAGCGGCUUCCCCAUCGACAGCCACACCUGGGAGCGCAUGUGGGUGCACGUGGCCAAGGUGCACCCCAAAGGGGGAGAAAUGGUGGGCGCCAUCAGGAACGCCGCCUUCCUGGCAAAGCCUUCAAUACCCCAGGUUCCAAACUACAGGCUGUCGAUGACGAUCCCAGACUGGCUCCAGGCAAUCCAGAACUACAUGAAGACACUACAAUACAAUCAUACAGGGACCCAGUUCUUUGAAAUUAGAAAAAUGAGGCCACUGAGUGGGUUAAUGGAAACAGCGAAAGAAAUGACUCGAGAGUCCUUGCCUAUUAAAUGCCUUGAAGCUGUCAUCCUGGGCAUAUAUUUAACCAACGGACAGCCUUCCAUUGAGCGAUUCCCCAUCAGCUUUAAAACCUACUUCUCAGGAAACUACUUUCAUCAUGUCGUGCUGGGGAUUUAUUGCAAUGGCCACUAUGGCUCACUGGGCAUGAGCCGAAGGGCAGAGCUGAUGGACAAGCCGCUGACCUUUCGAACUCUGAGUGACCUUAUCUUUGACUUUGAAGACUCCUACAAGAAAUACCUGCACACGGUCAAGAAGGUCAAGAUUGGGCUGUACGUCCCCCAUGAGCCUCAUAGCUUCCAGCCCAUUGAGUGGAAGCAGCUGGUCCUCAACGUCUCAAAGAUGUUGAGGGCUGACAUAAGGAAGGAGCUGGAGAAAUAUGCCAGGGACAUGAGAAUGAAGAUCCUGAAACCUGCAAGUGCCCACUCUCCAACCCAAGUGAGAAGCCGGGGGAAAUCCCUGUCCCCCCGAAGGAGACAGGCAAGCCCCCCGAGACGGCUCGGCAGGCGAGACAAAUCGCCCGCCCUGCCUGAGAAGAAGGUGGCUGACCUCAGCACUCUGAACGAAGUGGGCUAUCAGAUUCGGAUUUAGGCAAGCCAUGCCAGCAGGCCAGAGGCCUUCUCGUGGUGCUUCUCUCUGCACUUUAUCCAGCAUCUUCAGGAGGAACUGCAACUAUUUAUUAAGAACCUGUGGGUUUUAUUUUUAGGGAUUCUUUUGGAAGUAGAAUCUGAGUGGGUGGUAACAACGUAAAAAAAAAAAUUCACAAAGGGGCCAACCGUGAAAAGGCUGACGUCAUAAACCCCACUGGGGCUGGACGGUCCCCCUCACUCCAGACGGAAAGGGUACUACGACCACUGUAGUUCUGUAUGUUUCCAUUUACCCGCAUUUUUUUAACUUGCUUUCACCAUUAUCCCUCACCGAGUUAAAUGUUUCUGAAACACCCCCCUCCCACACUUUUGAUAAUAGUAAGGUAACUCAAUCAGUAUUAAUGUUUUUUGCAGCAAUAACAGAGGCAAAGAUUGGUAAGUGUUUUUUUAAGCUGUCAAUAUUACCUCAGCAUUUUGACAUCAAGAUAUGCAAGCUUAAUGGUGUUUUGUGUUUUUUUUUUAAUAUUCUAUUUGUAUGGGUUCCCCAAUAAUUCCCAAGGGGACCCGCCACAAAGCUUGGAAUUCUUUCCUGGUGCAUACAUGUGAUGAGAUUUAAGGUAUAAUAUGCAGGUGUUUUGCUAAAAAAGCACUGAAAUUCUUCUGGCAAUACGGGAAACCAUUUUUUAGGAUCUUGGAAUCACUUCUUUCUCGAAGCAUUCACUGACAGCAGCUUUUGUUCUUUCCAAACAAAACAAAAAACAGCACAGUGAGAGCUAGUCUAUGUCCUGUCACUAACAUUUAAACUUUGCAGACUCUACAAAAGUAGAAGCAACCACCCGGUACAGGGAAAAUUUAGCAGUAUGGCAAUUACCUCUAAUAACAGAACUCAGCAAGGUAAAGAAACCAGAAACAGCAGGUCUUCAGAAACAGAUCAUCUUUCUGCUCACAUUUCAUCUGAUCCUUAAAUUCUGAGUUGGGCCUUGAUUCCGAAGGACUCACUGUUGUGAGAGACCUGUUCUGAUGUCUUAUAUUAAGACCAAAUGGGGUGCGAUGGGAUUAUUUUCCAGUACUUCGCUGACAUUUAGGAACUGGUAUUGGAAAAAUGCAAUGAAUUAGAGAAGCAUGGAACCUUUUUUUUUUUUUUUUUUAACGGAAAUGUCUUCAGGUCUCACGUUACACCUGAAAGCGUAACUUGGUCCAUGAAGCACAGUAUGACUACCUGGCCUGCACAUGGUAGUUACAGUGACUUAUGGCUGCAAAUCAUACAGCAUAACUCCAAUAGCAUCCCAAGUCUAUGUGAUCAAUACCAAGCAUACAGCUUCUAUUUAUUUGUUUUAUUUUCAUAACCAUGCCAACUCAUGAAACCAAAAGUGAAGUCCAUUAAUCAGCAAAAGUGUUAGUUCAGUCUCAGGGCUCCCCUCUGGCUUUCUCUGAUGAGAUGACUUUAGGAAGAGAUUUUUUUUAAAAAAAGGUAAGAAUCUGCUCAUUCAGAUUCUUGGCCUCUGAGAGUGACAUGGAGAGCAAAGGGACUUCAUUCUCUAGCCAUCUGCACAUGAACUCAUUUUACCCUCAAAGUCAAUGUUAUUACUGGAAAGUAUUGUUUUCUAGAAAAAGAAGGAAGUCUAAUGUCUUUACAUAAACAGGAGCAAGUAUACACCUCAAUUAAAAUAAAAAAUAACAUUAAGUUAACAAUUCUGAACUUAAUCGGUUUAAGAAGAGUAUUAUCUGUCAGCAGAGUUUAAAAUGAGUUAUCUUUGUAUAUUUUCCCAAGGCAAACCCAUUUGCAAUCCAUGGCCAGGUGCAUUUAGAGUACUCAGUAAAUCAUUUUAUUCUCAUUCCGAAAACGAUACUAUCAAUCUGAAACUUUAUUAUAUAUUAAGGCUACUUGUAACAUUGCAAACAUUCUGACAGCUUGGAAUAGGAUUUUCCAAGCAUUACCUAAGUAUUGUCCCAACUAAAAUACAAAAACUCCAUAGCUGCACAGCCUCGUUUCCUACAAAAAAAGAGGAAAGUAGGGAUAUAAACUGUUUCUAUGGAUAAUGGAUAAACCUUAAAACUGCCAACUGACUUGAUGAUUCAAUUAAGUAACAAUUUCUUCCAUACUACUUGAUUUUAAUCAUUUCCCCAAAGCAAGAGUUAGUCACAGAAAUAUGAAAAUUCAUGGAAGAUGUUUUAGUUUUCAUUCUAUUUUUAAUGCCUAUGGAAUAUUAAUUUCUAAAAGAUGUGAGAAAGAAACCAAACUUACAAAGUCUAAUGCUGUAAUUUAAGUCAAAACAAACAAAAAAAUCAUGAUGUAAUUUCUCCACACCCCCCCCCAAAAAAAUUUGAUUUUGAAACUGGCUAUAUAAUUCAAAAAGAUCAAAAAUGAAAGAUUAUUUGAAAUCUAGUUUUGAAAAAGUUAUGUUAAGAGAAUUGUUAUGUGUAAGCCACAGUGGCAAUAAAUGCAAAGUUUAAAUGAAUGACAGGAAUCUUGAUUUUAGACUACAUGUUGUGUUGUUUUGAGUACACUUUACUUCAAAAAGUGGUAUUUAGUAUUUUCUAUACACUCUGAAAUCAUGAGCAUUUCACUUUUUCUAAGUCAAUUAUUUCAUAAGGAUUUUAUUAAUAGAUAUUGGUAAAUAGAACUUUGGAAAUCUUAAUUCAGUAUUCUUACUAUACCCAAGGCUUUUGUAACCUAGUUUUAUGUACAACCUUGUACAGUUUUUUUGACAUACAAUUCAGAAUCUUGUUUAUUCUCUUGGACUUUGUUCCGGCCAAUACAUUUUUUUUAAAUCUUUAAGGAAAACUGUGAUUGUUUUAGUGGGUAUUUUUCUAAGUAAAUGACAACUUGUAUAAUGUAUUUUAGAGAAUGUCAGAUAGUGCAUGUUUCAAGUUCAUGUUUUUCUCAUCACUUACAUGUUUAUACAGCAUGAGACUUUAAUAAAACCACUCUGGAAACUUAA